GAGACGUGAGGUCUCCGGAUUGGGGGGCAGCCUUGACCGAGGAUUAGAACUCCAAGUAAGAAUCCCAUCCUGGAGCGAGGCGGUUCUUCCCAAAGGGCCCUCGACUGCCCCUUUAAAUGCUAAUGAAGUCUCACCAAGGCUGCCUGCUAAAGGGCCUGAGCUUCCCUUCCCUCCUCCCACAAUAACCCCCACCCCACCCCGCCCGGUCCGCCCCGCCUCUUCCCCCUCCUCCACCCCCCCCCCUUUUCCCGGGCACCUAGAAAAACUUGUGCGGGCCAUUUUCCGGGCAGUAAGAUCGAGUGCGCGCGCCGCCCCGACAGCUAGAGCCGCCGCUGGAAACAUCCCCGCGUCUACCCCUGACGCGAUACCGGCCCCCUCCCCAAGCCCCCGGCCACCUCCAUCGGCGCCUACAGCAGCAGCCGCGGCAGCGCCGGCCCCGCUACCACCACCACUAACCGCCGACCAACCGCCGAGGGUGGCAGAGGGGAGAGCAACGAACGAGCCCGGAGACGGCAUGAGCGAGGCGGCAGAGACCACCCCCCAACCCCAGGCCCCAGCGGCGGCCCCGGACUCCGCGCCCAAGAGCCCAGUGAGCAGCGGCGCCCCCCCGGCCGCCGCUUCUGCCGUCCAGGGAAACAACCCCAGCGGCGACGCGGCAGCCACUCCGGCCCCCGCCCCGGCCGCCGCCUCCGCAACCACGGAAGACCAGGAAAAGAAAGUUCUCGCCACGAAAGUCCUUGGCACUGUCAAAUGGUUCAACGUCAGAAACGGAUAUGGUUUUAUCAAUCGAAAUGAUACUAAAGAAGAUGUAUUUGUACAUCAGACGGCCAUCAAGAAAAAUAACCCACGGAAAUAUCUGCGUAGUGUGGGUGAUGGAGAAAUUGUAGAGUUUGAUGUGGUUGAAGGAGAGAAGGGGGCAGAAGCAGCCAAUGUGACUGGCCCAGAUGGAGUUCCAGUGGAAGGUAGCCGCUACGCUGCAGAUCGGCGCCGUUACCGACGCGGUUAUUAUGGCCGGCGUCGUGGACCUCCUCGUAGUUACCCUGGGGAGGAGGAGGAGGAAGGGAGUGGCAGCAGUGAAGGAUUCGAUCCCCCUACAGCUGAUGGGCAGUUCCCUGGGGCUCGGAGUCAGCUGCUGCGCCGCCCACAGUACCGGCAGCGGCGGUUCCCGCCAUACCACGUGGGACAGACCUUUGACCGUCGCUCACGGGUCUUUCCCCAUGCCAACAGCAUGCAGGGUGGUGAGAUGGGGGAGAUGAAGGACGGAGUCUCAGAAGGAGCACAGCUUCAGGCAUCGUCAGUACACCGAAAUCCCAACUAUCACCCACGGUAUCGAAGGGGCCCUCCUCGACCGCGUCCUGUUCUUCCUGUCGGAGAGGCGGAAGACAAGGAGAACCAGCACGGGGCUGGCGGCCCCCAGCAGCCAUCGGCUCGCCGGGGUUACCGGCGCCCCUACAACUACCGGCGCCGACCUCGCCCUCCAAAUGCUCCUUCCCAGGAUGGCAAAGAGGUGGCUGAAGCACCAACUGAAAACCCUGCUCCGACCGCUCAGCCCAGCAGCGCUGAGUGAUGGCUGACUCUGAGAGGCACCUUUUCCAUUACAGGUGUGCUAAAAGAACACCAGAAAAAGAAACCUUAAAUACUUUAUCAACACCAAAGAAAUAUCCAAGCAAUAAACUAAACAAGAUUUUUGAGAAGAUCAGAACUUUUUUAUUCUUAAAUUAAAAACAUGGGAAGAAAAACCCUUACCAGCAAGCUGAGAUCCAGGAACGCAUGCUCAAGAGAUAACAGAAAGAAAUGAAACGGCCUCCUCAAUUUCAGCAGCAACUGUGGUUUUUUUUCUGGCUUUACCAUAUUGCUAUUAUGAAUUGAAAGAAAAUUUUGGCACCAACUCUAAAGGGACGAACCCCAACCAAAGAAAUUAUAGUAAAUGCUUUUUUUAUUUUGAUGCUGGUGCUAAACCUUCCCAGGUGUGGUUGUUUUUUUUUUCUUUUGCCAGUCCUAUAUUCUCAGGAUUGGGGAGGAGAAAUUUCCUGCUGUAUACUAUGUGACAACUGAGUGAACUUCCUCAGAAAUAAAUUUCACCCUCUGAGGGAAAAAGAGACCUA